AUGAAGGUCACCAUCCUCGGAGCCACGGGCAAAACGGGCCAAUCUAUUGUCGACGCCUUGCUGGAGAGCGGGAUAGACUUUGAAAUCACCGCCCUGACCCGCCCGUCAUCCAUCGACAAGCCUGAGGCUGAAGCCUUGCGCAAUCGCGGCGUUAAGACGGUCGCCGUGGACCUGGCGUCGCUGCCCGCAUCGCCUACUCUGUACGGCGAUAAACCUGCCGCCGCGGACCCGGAGCUUGUACGCAUCCUUACUGGCAUCGACGUCGUCAUAUCCACUACCUUCUUCAUGAACCUGAGCGAGCAGAUCCCGCUCGUCGACGCGGCCAAGGCAGCCGGUGUGGGCCGGUUCAUUCCGUGUAACUUCCAGACUGUAGCACCCAGGGGGGUCAUGGCGCUAUCUGAUGCGAAAUACGCCAUUCUCGAUCACAUCCAGCGUGUCCGCCAGCCCUACACCACGAUCGACGUCGGGUGGUGGUACCAGCUCUCCCUCCCGCGCGUGCCCUCGCGCCGGCUAAACGGGAACUCCGAACGCGAGCUCACGGGCACCGGCACCAGCAACGCGAGCAGUCUCCUAUACCUGCCCGCGGGCGAAGUCAUCGCAGGGGGCGGAGCUCCUUCGGCCAUGACGGACCUGCGCGACGUCGGGCGCUUCGUGGCGCUGAUUAUCACGGACGAGAGGACGAUUAAUAAAACUGUGUUUGCGUGGGGCGAGGUUGCGACGCAGACAGAAGUCGGCGAGAUGGUGGAGAGGCUGGCCGGCGAGGCGCCGAUGUGGACAGAGCUCUCCGCCAACACCCUUGACGCGCGCAUCGCCCAGCUCCCGGCAGAGCAGCAGCACGUUGUCAGCGUUUCGCUGACUUUACUUGAUUACCAACGCUCAUGGGGCGCCCGAGGUGACAACACCCCGGAAAAUGCAAAGUAUCUUGGUUUCCUGUCCGCGCGAGAGCUGUACCCGGAAUUCAAGCCUGUUUCACUCGAACGGUUCGUGCGUGAGGCACUUGAGGCUGGUGCUACCGCGGCCAAGUAG